AUGCUUGUGUGGCAGCUUUGGCCAAUGCAACAUCUUUCUUUUCGUCCUUUCACCCGUCACUAUUACCCACCAGCCCCUGGAAGCAAACAUCAGAUGGAUCAUAAUAGCGAUACCCAGCAACGACCACCACCACCAAACCUAUCCGAAGUCAAAUCAGGGCACGUGGAGGAUGAAUCAUUGCUGCCAGAUCGAAAAGAAGCUCGACGGCUCUUUUUCAAAAUCGAUCUUCGCAUUAUACCCUUUAUCGCUUUAUUGUAUAUCUGCUCCUUCCUUGACCGAGUUAAUAUCGCCAAUGCCAAAGUGGCUGGAUUAGUUGAAGACCUUGGUAUGAGCGAUGACAUGUACAACUGGGCGGUUUCCAUCUUCUUUAUCAGCUAUGUCAUCGCUGAUGUGCCAUCAAAUUUAAUGCUUAAAUUUGUUGGCCCAAGACGUUGGAUCGCAGCCAUCAUGAUAACGUGGGGCACAAUCACUGCAGCCAUGGCAGCAGUCAAAAACGGCAGUGGUUUACUUGCCGCAAGAUUCUUCCUGGGCCUAGCGGAAGCAGGCCUUUAUCCAGCUGUUGUCUACCUGCUAUCAGUAUGGUACCCUAGAAAAGUACAAGGUCUACGUACAGCAUUGGCUACAAGUUCAGCAUCCAACCUUGCAGGAGCUUUUGGUGGCGUAUUAGCAUAUGGAAUCAUGCAUAUGGAUGGCCUUCAAGGUUUACAUGGAUGGCAAUGGAUCUUCAUUAUCGAAGCAAUCCCUACAUUGGUGAUAGCGAUAUGCGUUUACUUCCUCUUGCCCGAUUACCCAGAGACAUGCAAAUUCUUAACACCCGACGAGCAAGAAAAAGUUACAAGGCUUAUCGAACAUGAUUCUCCAUCAAGAGAAAAGCACUUUUCUUGGAAGCAAGUUCGCAUGGCAUUCACUGAUUGGAAAAUGUAUGCGUUUGGUAGCAUUUAUCUCUUGUCAGCUACAUGCAUGUACGCGUACGCUAUGUUUCUGCCCACGAUCGUGGUAGGCAUGGGCUAUAGUAGUCUCAGUGCUCAACUCAUGUCUGCACCACCCUAUGGCGUUGGUUUUGUUUUGACGGUGAUCACAGCAUAUACCUCGGAUAGGUUUUUGGAGCGUGGAUUUCAUUUGACAGCAAUAAGUCUUGUGGGCAUGAUUGGCUACAUCCUGCUAGCGACUUUGGGAGAGGAUGUUCCUGUUGUCGGUCACUAUAUUGCAGCAAUCAUUGUUGGUUGUGGGAUUUUCCCACUAAGCAUUAACACUGCUUGGAUGAACAAUAACCAAGGUGGAAGGACUAAGCGAGCGGUGGUAAUUGCCGUAUUCACAAUGAUGGCUAAUUUAGGCGGCGUGAUUGGAGGUCAACUGUAUCGAGCUGACGACGCACCACGAUACAUUCGAGGACACACAAUUUGUGCCGUGUUUAUGGGAGUGACAUGUCUUUUAAUUCUUGGCACAAAGUGGGGUCUUUAUCGAGAAAACAAGCGACGCGACGCCAUGACCCACGAAGAAUACAUGGCUGCAUGUCAAGGCACUGAUCUUUGUGAUAACCACCCGGAUUACAGAUACAUCCUAUAA